AUGCAACUUCUUCAUUUCGACGAGUCCGGAAGACCAGUCUUGACAGACUUCGCCAGAAAGACCAUCCCGCAUUAUGCAAUCUUGUCACACAGAUGGUGGGGAGACGCUGAUAAGGUCCAUUACCAUAAUAUACUGAACAACACCUAUGCAAGCAAGGAUGGCUUCCGCAAGCUCGAAUUUUGCGCCAAACAAGCCAGUCAGGAUCACCUUCAGUACUUUUGGAUCGACACAUGUUGCUUUGACAGAUAUAACAAUCUUGAACGCUCAAACGCGGUAAAUUCUAUGUUUAAGUGGUAUCAGAACGCUGAAGCACGUUUCCGGGCUAGCAAAUGGUUUACUCAAGCUUGGACACUUCAAGAGCUCAUCGCUCCAACUUCAGUCGAAUUUUUUUCUUCUGAAGGUCUGCGAUUGGGAGAUAAGAACUCCCUCUUGCCGUUACUACAAAGAGAAACCGGCAUUCCAUCAGAGGUUCUACAGGCAGAUCAGUCCAGUGCGAAGCUUAUUGACUUUCUAGAAAAGUUCAGUGUCUCGGAUCGAAUAUCAUGGGCCCGUACCCGCGAAGCGACCGAACCAGAAGACCACGCAUAUUGUCUUCUUGGAAUCCUUAACGUACAAAUACCUCUCGCAUAUGGCGAAGGAAAAGAGGAAGCAUUACGCAGACUUCUAGACGAGGUUGAACAAUCGGAUACCACCCCAUCUAUCAUUCCUUUCUCCCGAAAUAAACGAUUCGUAGGGCGUCAGUCACAGCUUAAAGAGGUCGAAAACAUCCUGUCUACCAGAGAGCAAACUACAAGAAUUGCGAUAACAGGAGAAGGGGGUACAGGCAAAUCACAGUUGGCGCUCGAGAUUGCGUAUAGUAUUAAAGAAAAGGAUAAGGCAUGCUCAGUCUUCUGGAUCGACGCUGGUGACAUCGACAGUGUAUACCAAGCAUAUAAAAGCAUCGCACAAAAGCUUAAGCUCCCUGGUUGGGAGGACGAGAAAGCGGAUGUUUUGCAGCUCGUAAAACGUCAUAUCAGCAAAAAUUAUGCAAAACGGUGGUUACUGAUUUUUAACAACAUGGAUGGCGUAGACUUAGCAGAUGCUGGAUUUCUCACGCCACAACCAGUGGACCUAGUCAAUAUUCUACCAUAG